CAUGAUCUGUGAACUUGAAGAUGGCUUUCAAACCCUACCCCAUCCUCCAGUUGUCUUCUCUUCGAAUUACCCAGGCUCUGGACCUUCCCUCUGGGCCCCCAUGAGGCUCCCAGCUCUCCUGGGUCUGCUGAUCCUGGUGCUACAGGAGGCAGGGGCAGCUUCUUUCCCAAGGAAGGAGAGGAAGAGAAGAGAGGACCAGAGCAAAGUGGAGGGCGAUUCUCACGCAGUUCUGCACCUGGUCUGCUGUGUUCUGAGCCUGGACAGCCACGGGGACAUCACUGACCCGAGCAGCUCUGAAGAGCUCACAGACUAUGGGGACCAGCUCCCGGAGGUUAAAAAGACAAGCCUGGCUCCCCCAACCAGGAUCCACCCCACCCCGAGCACUAUGGCUCCAAGGACACCAUCUUCAGUCCCCCUUACGCCGGGCCUGCUGGGUUCCCCAACCAGCCACGGCCUGCACACCUGCCUCAUCUGCGUAUGCCUCAGUUCCUCUGUGUACUGUGAUGACGCCAACCUGGAGAACAUCCCUCCUCUUCCCCAGACGACCACCUACCUCUACGCCCGCUUCAACCGCAUCAGCCGCGUACGGGCCGGAGACUUCCAAGGGCUGACAAAACUGAAGAAGAUUGACCUCUCCAGCAACGACAUCUCCUCCAUCGAUGAUGAUGCCCUGCACUUGCUGCCUGCCCUGCAGGAACUGAUCCUUCCAGAGAACAAGCUGGCAGCUCUGCCCAUGCUGCCCAGGGCCAUUGAGUUCCUGGAUGUCCGCCGGAAUCGGCUCCAGAGCUCAGGGAUACAGCCGGAGACCUUCAGGGUGCUGGAGAAGCUGCGGUUCCUCUCCUUGGCAGACAACCAGCUGGAUUCCAUCCCCAGGCCCCUGCCCCUGAGCCUGCGCUCACUACACCUGCAGAAUAACGUGAUAGAGACCAUGCAGACAGACACCUUCUGUGAUGCUGGGGAACACAAGCACCUCCGGAGGCGGCUGGAAGACAUCCGCCUGGACGGCAACCCCAUCAACCUCAGCCUCUUUUCCAGUGCCUACUUCUGCCUGCCUAGGCUUCCCACAGGCCGCUACACCUAGCUUUGACACCUCCACUCCUCUGGAUCAGGGAUUCCUGAUGGAUUUGAAGAGAGCCAUUGAUGAGAAUGGAGAACCGACGUGAAUCUUCCCCUGCGCCCUCCUUGUAGCUCCUCCCUAACCCCUGGCCCACUGGCUGGCCUCUGAGGGGGGCUCCCACCAGCCUGUUUCCCGGCCACCCCAGUUUCGGCUCUUCCCAGUCUCUCUUCCAUGUUCAACCACCAGAGGGUGAACUUGUGCAAAGAUAAAUAA